AUGUGCUAUGCAGUCGGUUCGCUCCAGCAAGCCACUAGCACUUGCCCGAUGUGCAAGGUCUUCAAGCCUAGCGCCGCCAGGUGUCCUCACAUCAAGGAGGUCUGCCGAAACUCUGCGGCCCACCCCCGCCACGAUGUGAUCUAUCUCAAGAAUCCUGAGGUGCAGACGUUUCAAGGUUGCGGCUUCUGUAAGUGGGCCAAGACCUCCCCGCCGCCAACUCGUGCGGGUUACAACAACCCGGGCUGGCCAGGAUGCUGCCGCCCGCCAAACCCCCAGGAGCUCAAACACAUCGGUGCUGCGGAUUGGCCUGCCGUCAGUCUCGUGCAUCAUGUCCCCAUUCCCCCUGAGAUCAAGACGAUUCUCGACGGGCUGUGUGUGGGACCGACAUCCCCCAGAGGCACGCCACCCCUUGGCAGUCCCACUGGAACUGUGCGUGCCGUGACCGUGCAGGCUGCCAGUGCUGCUCCGAGCAUAUCUAGGCGGUCGAGCUACAACGUCUCGAGCCCAACGAGGACCGAGGCGUCUACCACGACGAGGAGCAAUCCGGUAGCUGUUCCCACUAAGGGUCGCUCGGGAUCUGGAGGCAGCCCGCAGCAGGUGACUGCAUCGCUCUCGAGUCCCCGUGGUGGAGGUGGGGGUGAUGGCGCGACGUCGUCGCUCCCGAACGCGUCCUCCAUGGAGCAGUUCCAGAGCAGCCGGCGCUCUGCGGCAGACGUCUUCGCCGAUAAGCGUCCGGACCCACUCAACACUUCCCAGAACUCCCCCGGGCGAAAGCACGCCGAGCUGAGUGGGUCCGUGGCACGUCGAAGCUCGGAGCAGCGGCGCCCGUCCAUCUCUUCCAUCACAGCGUCUGCACCCACUAGCAAGGGCUCUGCAGAUGUGGCAGCUUCGCGUCGUCGCACGGUUCCUUCUUCGACCGGCGCCGCUCUACCGUCUAACCCGCCACAGGAUAAGACCCCUCCUCGCCCGACGGAUCGUCCUACGGCAGAACGUCUUGCGGACACGGCCUCAACACGGCGCGGGAGCACAAUUGAAGAGGCGGUCGUUGACAAGGUCGAGAAGAUGAGUAUCUCCUCCAGCGCCUCGAGCAGCAGUAGCGGCAGCAGCUCGGCGACCACCGUCAUAUCCGACGGGGGCUUUACCGAUUACCUCUCCGAUGAGUCGGAGGCCGAGCUGCAGAGGCAGGCGGAGGCGAAGGCGGCGAUUGUCGCGCAGAAUCAGAUGGAAGAACUCGAGUUCAGAGCGGCGCGCCAGCAACUCGCGGACGUCGACCUUCGCCCGCCCAAGUCGUGGCGGGGCGAUGUUCAGGCCACUCCGCGAUCGCAGGUGCAAAACCGCAACUCUGCGACCUUUGGACGGUCCGCGUUCGCGGCUGCGCCGACUUAUGCGGCGAGCACUGCGUCCACUCAUUCGCGCGGUUAA